ACGCUGUAAAUCUGUAGUAACGUCAGUACGGUAACUGCUAAAGUGCUAAGUAAACAGACCGGGACGAUUGAAGAAGUCAUUUUACAGAGUCAGAGGAUAUUUUGUUCUAUAGAUUAAACAUGUCUCUAACAAAUAUUUGUCGUAUUUGUUUGGAUAAUAACGUACAAUUAACAAAUAUUUUCGAAGAGCAAGUUAACAACAAAAGCAUAUCAGCCCUUUUAGCCGAAUUUGCUGAAGUAGAGGUUUCUCAAGGUGACGGACUUCCCCCAACGAUUUGCUUCGUCUGUAAGGAUAAACUCGUGGCUGUCUUAGAUUUACGACAGCAAAUCAUUAGAUCGGAUAAACAACUGCGUACAGAUGUGAUUAUUAAAGACGAGAUCAAAAUUGAGGAUGGUGAAAGUUUGGAAAUUGUCAGUGGCGAAGGGUCGAUGUCUCCAGUUCAAGCAGAGGUUGCUAAGAUGGAAACCAUCACGCUGAAAUACCAUUGUGCCGAGUGUGAUAAAAGCUUUGCUCGUCGAGAUUACUUUAUGAGACACAAGAGAAGGCACACAGGUGACGCAAUGCCAAACAUUUGUAAUAUAUGUGACAAGCGGUACGCACUGCCAUGGUUAUUAAAGCUACAUAUGCGUAUACAUACUGGUGUCAAACCUUGCAUCUGCAAGUCAUGCGGGAAAAAUUUUCGAUUUCCAAGCUCCUUGACGAAUCACAUGCGAAUACACACAGGCGAUAAGCCAUACAAGUGUACUAUGUGUCCCAAAAGCUUCACGCAGAGUGGUGCCUUACAAGUUCAUAUAGCAGUACACACUGGUGAAAAAUCGUUCAUGUGCGAAUUUUGCAGCGUGGCCUUCGGUUCUAUUUCCGCGCUAAGAAAGCACAUCCUCAGUAAGCACAAUGCAGAGAAAGACAGAUACUGCUGUCCUACUUGCGAAAAGUGUUUUAACACGUCGUCCGGUUUGAAAAGCCACAUCAAGACGCACUCUGGCGAAAAGCCUUACUCUUGCGAGGUGUGCGCGAAUCGGUUUACCGAACGUGGGUCUCUGAAGCUUCACAUGCGAAUACACGAGGGGGUGAAACCGCACGAGUGUAAGAUUUGUAGCAAGCGUUUUACUCAGCCGACCUGUCUUGUGAGGCACAUGAGGGUGCAUUCGGGUGAAAGGCCCUAUCCUUGCACCAUUUGCUCGGAACGUUUCAUGUAUUCCCAUCACUGUCGUAAACAUAUGCAGACUCAUCAUCGACAAGAGACUCUGAUUGUCUCGUCGGAUAAUACAAGUUAAGUAAAAUUGUCCAAUGUGCAAUGUAUAUAUUUUUUAUAAUUUUUGUAUAAUAAAAAUGGCAAA